UGCGUAUCGAUGAUGGUGACUCGCAAAUCGUCUUGAGUGAUUUGGUUGGUUCUAACCUGGAAGACUGUAAAAUCUAAAGGAAAACCGUGUUUCUGUUUCGUGUACUCAUUGAAAAGAUAUCCGAAUAAAAUGCCGGAGAGUACCAAAACGGAAGUGAAACCGGUCAAGGAGGUGAAGAAUGGGAAGGAAGACGACAAAAAUGAGCUGUCUGAAGAGGACAAGCUUCUGCAGGAGGAAUUAACCCUGCUGGUGGAACGUCUGCAAGAUGCCAAUACCAAACUGCAUUAUCCUGCUCUAGAGUCCUUGCGCUCGCACAUCCGUGCGUCGACGACAUCAAUGACCAGUGUCCCAAAGCCCCUGAAGUUUAUGCGACCUCAUUAUGACACUAUGAAAAGUAUCUACGAGAAAAUAUCCAACAUAAAAAGCAAGGAAUUAUGUUCCGACAUUAUCUCAGUCCUAGCCAUGACCAUGGGCGAAGGUCGAGAGUGUUUGAAGUAUAGACUGACAGGCUCGGCAUUGGCUAUCGGUGAAUGGGGGCAUGAGUACGUUAGACAUUUAUCGGGAGAAUUGGCAGGGGAAUGGGACGAAGUGACGACGGGUGAUGUAGAGGCGACGAGCAAGAAGCUGAUUGCUCUGGUGCACGAGAUCGUGCCGUACAAUAUGGCGCACAAUGCGGAGACGGAGGCGUGCGAUCUGCUGAUGGAGAUCGAGAGGCUCGAUCUGCUAGAACAAUACGUCGACGAAAGCGCGUAUCAACGAGUGUGUCUUUAUCUUACGAGCUGCGUACCCUACGUAGCCGAUCCGGAAAACAGCACUCUUUUGCAUGUCGCCUGCAAGUUGUACCGCAAAUUCGGCCAAUAUCCUCAAGCGAUCAGACUGGCGAUGCAAUUGAAUGAUUUACCACUCAUCGAAUCCAUAUUCACAAACUGUAGGGACCUUUCCGUACAGAAGCAGCUGGCCUUCAUGCUGGGCCGCCAGCAAAUCUUCUUGGAGUUGCACGAAGCUACGAUAGAGGAUGACGAUCUCUUCGAAAUCAUGUCCAACGCCCACUUGAAUAAUCACUUCCUGAAUCUGGCGCGUGAAUUGGACAUAAUGGAGCCGAAGACACCUGAGGACGUGUACAAGUCUCAUCUGGAGAACUCCCGGCCGCCUUUCGGCGGCGGCCAGGUCGACUCGGCGCGGCAGAAUCUCGCGGCGAGCUUCGUGAAUGGCUUCGUGAAUGCCGCUUUCGGCCAGGACAAGCUGCUGAUCGAGGACGGCAACAAGUGGCUGUACAAAAACAAAGAACACGGCAUGCUGAGCGCGACCGCGUCGCUCGGCUUGAUUCUACUGUGGGACGUCGAUGGUGGCCUGACGCCGAUAGACAAGUACUUGUAUUCCUCGGAGGAUUACAUCAAGUCCGGCGCUCUGUUGGCUUGCGGUAUCGUCAAUUGCGGUGUCAGAAACGAGUGCGAUCCUGCUCUGGCUCUGCUGUCCGACUACGUGCUGCACAGCAGCAACACGAUGCGCAUCGGCGCGAUCGUCGGCCUCGGCAUCGCUUACGCCGGCUCCAACCGGGAGGCCGUCCUGGCCCUGCUCACGCCGGUCCUCAAUGACGCCAAGUCGAGUUGGGAGGUGUUGGGUAUGACCGGUCUGGCCUUGGGGAUGGUCGCUGCCGGCUCGUGCAACGCCUACGUCACCACGGCGAUCAUGCACACUCUGAUGGAUAAGUCGGAGUCGGAUCUCAAAGACACUUACGCGCGUUUCUUGGCGCUAGGCCUCGGCCUGUGCUUCUUGGGCAAGCAGGAGGCGGCGGAGGCGAUCAUAGCGGCGUUGGAAAUCGUCCACGAGCCGUUCAGAUCGAUGUCCACGACGCUGGUGGAGGUGUGCGCCUACGCCGGCACCGGGAACGUCCUCAAGAUACAGCAUCUGCUGCACAUCUGCUCGGAACACUACGAACCGAGCAACGAGAAGGAGGAGAAGAGCGAGCGCAAGGAUAAGGAGAAGAAAGAGGAGAAAAAGGAGGAGAAGGAGAAGGAUCUUAGCUCGAGGCAGGCUAUCGCCGUCCUCGGCAUCGCCCUGAUCGCUAUGGGCGAGGAGAUCGGCGCCGAGAUGGCGUACAGAACCUUCGGGCACCUACUGCGCUACUGCGAGCCCGUGAUACGGCGCUCGGUGCCGCUCGCCCUGGGCCUCAUCUCCGUGUCGAAUCCGAAGCUGAACAUCCUGGACACGCUGUCCAAGUUCUCGCACGACAGCGACCCUGAAGUGGCGCACAACGCGAUAUUCGCCAUGGGCCUGGUCGGCGCCGGCACGAACAACGCGCGCCUGGCCGCCAUGCUGAGACAGCUGGCACAGUUCCACGCGAAGGAUCCCAACAAUCUCUUCAUGGUGCGCAUAGCGCAAGGCUUGACGCAUCUCGGCAAAGGCACGCUCACCCUCUCGCCUUACCACAGCGACAGGCAAUUGCUGAGUCCCGUUGCUCUCGCUGGCCUCCUGUCGACGCUCAUCGGCUUCUUGGAUGUGAAGAACAUUAUCCUUGGACGCUCUCACUACCUCUUGUAUACGCUGGCAGCUGCGAUGCAGCCUAGAAUGUUGGUCACAUUCGACGAGGAACUAAAUCCGCUGGCAGUUCCGGUGAGAGUCGGGCUUGCCGUCGACGUAGUCGGCCAAGCAGGUAAACCGAAGACCAUCACCGGCUUUCAGACGCACACCACUCCCGUACUGCUAGCAUACGGUGAGAGGGCGGAACUCGCCACGGAAGAAUACGUACCCCUGACGCCGAUCAUGGAGGGUUUCGUUAUACUAAGAAAAAACCCGGACUUCAUACCUUAGUCGUGAUAUUUCUCUUGUUCGCCAAUGUACCUCGUACUAAGUUACUUACUAAGAACUGAAAUUUAAUAAAACAUACGUCAGUGUUCCCUUUGCAUAUGUGAAAGAACGUCUUUGAAAUACAUACACUUACAAACAUCCUUUCUCACGUCCUUUCUGUAGGAUUAUAAAGCGUGUCCUACGAUUUCUCGUUACGUUACACAUGCUGUAAGGAAAGUGUUUUUUUUAUUUAAUAAUAAAAUAUUGGUUUUAAUAGCAAAAAAUACUGAUACAAUGUAUAAAAUUUCAUUACACGUUUCUCAUCAGGAAUUUUUGUAUGUACGCAGUACAUAUAAAAAAGAAGGACACAAAACGUUGCAUUGCAUUCUUGGCGUUAAUACAUCGAUAAAAGUUAGCUAUUUUUUUGUAAGUACCAGUCAGGAGUAUGUAUUUAUAUAUCGUGUGCGCAUCUGUUAUAAAGCACAUCCUAAUGUUUUUAUUGAUAAUUAAGGCUCCGAAGUAAUCGCUAUGACUGUCCUUGUUCAAUGAUAUCACAGGCAAAAAAAAA